CAAACACAACCGAAAUUUACCUCAUCACGCGAAAAAAAAAAACCCUGCCUCUAUUCUCCCUCACCUCUCGCACGGAAAGGAAAAGCAGCGGCGGCGUCUGCGAUUCCCGAUCGGAGCGGUUGAACAAAGGCGGCGGCGCUCGCAGCUCGAGCACGGAGGACUGCGGUGCCGGCGAAUAGAAGCAGCAAGGCCGUCUCUCUCUUUCCCCACUCAAAAAAUCGAAGAUUUCUUUGAACUACGUACUUCUGCAAACUGAAUAAUCGCUGGACGUUAUUAGACCUUGGUUACCAUGGAUUUUCUUGAACCAAUGGUAGCCUUAGACGAGACACAUUAUCAAGACGGUUACAAAGAUGGUUAUGAUGAUGGCAAGGUAUCUGGAAAGGAAGAAGGAAGGCAGGUCGGUUUAAAGAUGGGUUUCCAGGUAGGUGAAGAGCUGGGAUUCUAUCAGGGCUGCUUGGAUGUGUGGAUGUCAAUAAUUCGCCUUGAUCAAGGUGCAUUCUCAGCUCGGGUCAGGAAAUACAUGGAGCUUCUAGUUUAUACAUGAUGUCAGGAUAUUGUCCAACUUUUUUCUGGGAGAAUAUCUAACUGGACGUCAGGUGAUGCUGAGAGAGACCCUUGUAGAGCCGGUGGUUUUGCCAUGGUUUUACCGCUAGUUAUUUUCACUUGUUAGUUUUGACAUUGAGUACAUGAUUUGCCUAAAAUGCCCUUAACCCACUUGUCAUAAAAUGAGGAUUUUGUCAGCUUGUUAGUCCUCGUGCAGGAAACAUCCAACGAUUAUUGAUAUAAUCAGGCAUACAAUAA